AUGUUCUCUCACUCGUGGAACCGACAAGCUGGGACGGCUAGUAAGAACAGAAAAAUGUCUUCAUCUCCACGCGGGUUCCAGCCCCAGACAUACACAAAACCAUUGACCCAUCGCUCCCCUCCUACACAUGGAGGGAGUGCGUAG